AUGGAGGGCAGCGAAAUACCUCGAAUACUGUUAAGAAAGAAGAAGUCUCCACUUCAUGUAAGUUACUAACUGCUUUGGAUGGCUUUCACAGGGAAUUACGGCAAAAUUGGGUAGUUUUUCAUAAAUGUGUUACCUAAUCUUGCGGAGCAUUUUUAAAGCAGGGGGAUUUUUUGCUAAUUUUAAUAUUUUUAGGAUCCCUGCGUCUUACAUCGCAAACUUGAGUAUCCAAUUCCAAGGAUGUUGAAGUCCAUGGCAGUUCCUCGGAUUCCACGAACGAACCAGGUAAUUUCUGCUACUUCCGUUAUUUUGUCCAAUUUUUAGGCUUUUGACCAUAGUAAUAAACCUUUUUGCCAUUGUAAUAUACUUUUCAAGAAGACUUGGGCGAUUUUUGCUUGAUUUAGCCGUAUUUUAAUCUUUUCUUGAUUAAUUCGAACAAUGGUGUCUGCAAUAAUGUUUUUUUUUCAGAUUCCACGAUCAGGAAAUGGAUACGAAGGACCCUCGCAAAGUCUGGAUUCAAGCCGUCUGCCGAAAACGAUUGGUUUGGAAACCAACCUCAAGAAUGAAAUGGACAAAUCAAAUCAGGUAUGUCAUUGUUUAUAUUUGUUUUUAUGUUGUUUUAGGAAAAAAACCAUCGAAGUUUUGCAAAUACCAUGACGACGACGGUCUCGAGCGAAGACUCAAGGCUUCCCAAUGGCUUCCAGGUCAGCCACAAAAACCCCUUAAAACAUGAGCUGAAGACGACCAACGGUUUAGAGGGAAGGUUCUCCGUGGAAUCUGCUGAAAGCCUAAAAAGCACGCAACGGUCUGGAGAGCGAGUAAGGCGCAUCAAAGGAGAAGGACCAACCAGUGGGGAGAGCAGAAGGAAUGGACCAAAGGAAUCACAACUUCAAACUCGGUCCUAUUCUUCUGAGGCACCACAGACAUCAGGCUCGAUCUCGGAAGGACCCUUUCCCACGCUGCAGCCGACUGACAGAUCACAGCCUCGCAGUGUCGUUGAGUCAUUGCGUGUAUUGGAUAAGCAAAUUCCCCGAGAUUUUUUUGUAGAAACUGAAGAAGAAGAACGCAACGACAACGUCUUCUCAUCAGACACCGAGAUGUUCUUCCCAAGGCGGUCUCAACGAACGCUUAUGGUGGGUAAAUUUAUAUUGUACUUGUUAGUCGUCUCAAGUUUUGAUUGUCGUGAUGGCAAUUUUAGCGUAAAGUGUAUCGUACUGAACGUUUUAGACAAUUAGGACAGUUCUGACGCUAAAAUAUACAAAAGUUCGGCGUUUCUUCCGUUAUUUUUGAUCAUUUUAGGCCUUUUUACUGCCUAAUCUUGUUGGCCUGAUGUUAUGCUAAAGGUUUUUAUACCCUUUGUGAAAUUUCGGGUGCUAUCCCCUGCUUUUUCUGGAAAUUUUUUUGUCGAUUUACGCUGAAAAGUCGUAAGGAUCUAGAAUUUUUAGAAACUAAAUUGGUCAUUCUUGUCAAAACGACCGAUGAACUAAGCUAAAAUUUAGCCACGGCAAUAUUAACGGUAUUCAUCAUAAACUGUUUUAUAAACUUACUUUCAAAAGCUUCAUAAGUCCGAAUUUCUACUUUUUGUUAGCCAAAAUGACGGAAAUUUGACGUGAUUUUAAAAAAUUUAGUCAAAUUAACCCAGAUACUAAAAGUUUUAUUUAACUCCAGACGGCUCCGUGGACAAAGCGGGUGGAAAACUCAAGUGAAGAAGAUACUUUGUCAAUCAAAAACCAGCCAAACAAAGGGAAGACUAAAGAAAGAUCCAGGGGAAGAAGAAAUCGAUGCGAGUUAGACAACUCCAAGAAGAUCGGAACAAAACAAUACAUUCCCAACUUCGUAGAAAUAAAGGACAGGCUUCCCGUGAGAGAAAUUAAAGCGGAAACUGCAGAAACGGACACGUUGGACACAAGUGAAGAAGGUCAAACUGCGCUGUGGAAAAAAGAAGAAGGUUUGACCGCAUCCGGGAAUACCUCUGAAGAUCUGGAAGAUCCAUCUUUCCCUAUAAGUAAUACGUUGGAUGAAGCGGAGCUCUAUGAAAGUUUGGGAGAAUUACUUCCAAAAAAAGUUGUAUGGUAUAAAACAGAAUUCCCGGAUAGCAGCCAAAACAUAACAUCUUUGACUCCCAGGUCAGCCAGGUUGACCGUCCACCGACGGGGAGUACCCCCUGUGAGUUUUUAAAAAAUAUUAUAUCAGUCUGUAAGGGAAAAGAUGAAAAAUUUUGGCACUGUCGUGGUGAUGCUUUUGGUUCGAUUGUACUUCUGAUUUUAAGAUCUGUUCUCUUUUUUUUGCUAAAUCGAGAUGUGUAUUUAUGGAUUUUCCAGGUUUUUUGCAACCAAGAAGUUACUUUUUGGACCAGCAUGGACCUAAAGGGCGACAUCUUGCUCCAUUGUUCACGAGAAGAGAAAGAAAUCUUCCGUCUAUUGCUAAAUGAAGAGACGGUGACAAAGUAUGGAGUCAAGUCAAAAAUCUACACAAUAUUCUUCACGGCUGCAAAUGAAGGUGAACAUAGUGUUCAAGUAGACAUUCAAAUGGCAGACAAACAAAGCUUUGACAAUUCAGUCUGGACAAUCGAUAAUGCAAGUUGAUUUGAAGCGAUUAAUCCAUUCUUUUUUAGCUUUGUCGACAAAAGCAAUUCAAGAUUGAGAGAGGAGGGCGAAGUCAAUAG